CAUUUUGUCUUCUUUUGUUUGCAGUUAAAUCCGAGCCAAUGAGCAGCAGCGAAAUCGCCACUUCGGUAGCAGACACCUCUCUAGACAGCUUCUCAGGAUCAGCCAUUGGAAGCAGUGGCUUCAGCCCAAGACAAACUCACCAGUUCUCUCCGCAGAUUUACCCCUCCAACAGAACAUAUCCGCAUAUUCUUCCCACCCCUUCAUCCCAAAAUAUGGCAGCUUACGGGCAGACGCAGUACACCACAGGAAUGCAGCAGGCCGCGGCGUAUGCUAGCUAUCCUCAGCCCGGACAGCCUUAUGGCAUCCCUGCUUAUGGCAUAAAGACAGAGGGGGGUCUGAGUCAGUCUCAGUCUCCAGGACAGACGGGGUUCCUGGGGUACAGCUCGGGGUUCACCACGCCGCAGACCGGACAGGCGCCGUACAGCUACCAGAUGCAGGGUGGCACCUUCACAACCACGUCCGGCUUGUACCCCGGAAACAACUCUCUGACGAACUCGAGCGGCUUCAACAGCACACAACAG